UAUGAAUUAUUGAUUGAUAAUAAUCUUUUCAUAUUUAUUUUAUACGCAAUAAUAAUAUCCAUAUUCAAACCGAUUUAAACUGACAUUUAUAGCAAUGUGCUCAGUAACGUCUCCAGCUUACAUGUUUUUAAUGCUGUGGGUCUUAAUGCGCAUGCGUUCGCCCAACAGCUACUACUCACCAUGCACAUGCAGAGACAUCCCAUAACGUGAGGGGUACUGCAGGGCAGAGCACACCGGAGGGACUGGCUAGUUGCCUUGCAGCUGUCCGUUUACUAUUUACACCUGCCUGUAUUUAUAUCCAUGCAUCACGUCGCGUUUGCCAACGACACGUAGUUUUGUUGCACAGCGUCUUUAAUUCAGCAAGUGUUGGGACUCGCGAUGUCGGAGGACUGGGUGGCAACAACAACAACAGGGCGCGCUGCUGUCCCGUUAGCAUCGUGACGACCUCCGGUCCAUGUUGUUUAAACCGAGUACACCCGUCCACGCCUCCCGCCCAGUCCAGUCCAGUCCAGACUCGUGCCGUGGCCCACCGUGAUGGCCGAGGAGGACCCCCAGCAGCAGGCGGACCGCGGGGCGAGGAGUCUGCCCGGCCUGCUCACUGGGCUGCAGGGCGCUGAGGCCAGUGCUCUGCAGCUGAGGAUCAAGAACUCCAUCUGCAAAUCGGUUCAAUCUAAAGUGGAAAACAUUCUGCAAGAUGUGGAGAAGUUCUCAGACAUUGAAAAACUCUACCUCUACCUUAAGUUGCCUUCUGGUCCAAGCAGUAGCAUUGAUAAAAGUGACCAGAGCGCCCUGUCAUCAAGCCGCACUCAGCAGAUGCAUGCGUUUAACUGGAUCCGCCAUCAUUUGGAGGAAUACCCAGAGACGUCUCUUCCCAAACAGGAGGUCUAUGAUGAAUACAAGAGCUUCUGUGACAAUCUAAACUACCAACCACUGAGUGCUGCAGAUUUUGGAAAAAUGAUGAAAAAUGUCUUCCCGAACAUGAAAGCGCGUCGACUUGGCAUGAGAGGAAAAUCAAAAUAUUGCUACAGUGGACUGAGGAAGAGGCUCUUUGUUCACAUGCCAUCUUUACCCUCUCUGGAUCUCCAUAAAACAGGGGAUGGGCUCCAGUGUGAUGUCGUAGAGUCACCGGGCCAGCUGAGCAGCAUAAAGGAGGACGUACGAUUUGCAGCCUGUGAUCUGGUGUGUGAGUGGGCCCAAAAGGUGCUGAAACGCCAGUUUGAUGCCGUGGAAGACUUGGCUCGCUUCCUAAUCGACAGCCAUUACAUCAGCAACAAGUCUCUGGCAGCUCUCACCAUUAUCACCGGCACAGCAACAGAGGUUAAGUCUUCACAGACGGUUUCAGCGUUUGUCCCCACUGCUGAGGCUCACUCCUUCCAGCCUCAUGUGACGACCCUGUCCUCACCUUCUGUCGAUGCAAAGCAGCAGCUCCAGAGGAAGAUCCAGAGGAAACAACAAGAACAGAAGCUGCACUCUCCUUUACUCGGAGAGGGACAAACCAAGAGGGCAGAUGACCGCGUGCCUUGUGCCAACCCAACCCCUCUGUCACCUCAGCCAACCAUUGGCAUCGUGGUCGCUGCUGUCCCGAGCCCCAUCACGGUACAAAGAAGCAGGCAGCUGUUGUCCCCCAGCCCAAUGGGAACAGUAGAGAGCAAAAUGCUGCCUAUUAACUUCCAAAUGGUGACCCAGCCGGUCCAGGCAGUGAAACAGAGCCCCAAAACCCCACAAAAUAUUAGAGGCAGUCCAGUGGGAGAUCGCACUGCUCGGCAGCGCUAUGCGCAAAUCCUGCCCAAACCUGCGGCCACGACUGCUAUCACUUUGCGCUCGCCCUCCACCAUGAUCAUCGGCAACAGCCCUGUUAAGACAGUGAUGACCACAUGUCAUGUCAGCCCAGUCAGUUUGGUCAAGAUGACAGCCAUAUCGCUCGCACCCAACAGCAGCAAUACCACCACUUCUCUCGCAAACGCCACUCUGCGGCCGGCAUCUGCAGGCAUUAGUAGUACCUCGUUUGCAGAAGACAUCAGCUCCAAUCAAGGCACGAGGAGUACUUCUGCAGUCCCCAUUCUGGCCCCGGUGGCCAGGUCCGGGCAGACUACUAACACUCAUACCAUCGAUGUUGAAAUGGAAGUUGAAGCUAUACAUAAAUACAGCCAAAUGCAAAAUCCUGGUGCUCUAGUUUUCCCUCAAGAGGCAAUGGCAAAUAGGGCUAGAGGGGCUUUACAUAGGGCUGCCAGUGUGCCCAUACCUCAGUCUAAAGGCUUCUUGGGUCUGGAGGACACAUCCAGCACUAAUUGCAAUAGAAAUUCCUCUUCAAGCUCUAACACCAUGGCAACAGUCGGAAACAGCAAUAACGGCGCUAAUAAUACAAGCGCUUUGCACUUAACUCACUCCACUCAGAAUACCAGCGCUGUUUCUUUACUGAACACCAGUAUACCACCUUCAUUUGGGGAAAGCAGCAGUUUGAUAUCAAUAAAGGAAGGUUUCCUGUCCACUAAGAGCCUCAGGAAACGUUCAGGCCUCAGUCCAGACCUUUCUCCAAUCAAAAGGGCUUUUAUGCCCCAGCAGCCAGUAGAGGGCGGUGCUGGUCUUGUAUAUGGGAUUAGAAACACGGUUGGUAACAUCUACAGGCCAGGAACUCCAACUAGACCUGAAAGUGCACCAGCUGCCAGAGAGGUAGAGACCGUCCCAUCCGCUCAAGUCCACGCACCUUGCACUUCCUCUGUCAGAGCCAGUGGCUUCUACUCUGUUGCCAAAACACCGAGCUCAAUGCAGAGGAAAAACACUUCCACUGUUAUGGAAACUUGCACCUCAGUCAGUCACGCAUUAAUUCAGCAACAGCAGGGGCACACGAUGUCUAACGUGCAUGCCAUACCUAAUAACCCCGGCCUCCAAACACAUUCAGGUAUGAGUGAUGUUAGGGGUUCAGCCACAGGGAGCCUGGAGGGAGCUCAACAACAUACCUACUCGAAGUCUAUCCCUGUUACUACACCCUUAGACUUUUUGAAUCAAGCUUCAUCGUCAAGCCAGCUCCCUAUGCAGACUGAUAUGGACUACUUUCCCUUUGAUGAUGAUGUGACUCAGGACAGCAUUGUGGAGGAGCUGGUGCAGAUGGAGGAGCAGAUGAAACUUAACAACCUGCAGGAGUUUCAAACCUGUGUUAGUCUGCAGGGCCAACAGGCGUUGAUGCCAGACAACAUCAUGUCUAACAAUCAGACCAUGUCUGCUUACUAUCAUGCUGCAAACUGCCGCAGCAACCCGAUCCAAACUCCAACGCCUACUCCGACUCCAACUCCCACACCCACGUCGGAAAUGAUGGGAGGAAUCCAAGGCUUCACCAGAGAGAGCCCCUUCUCCCGCAUCGCCUCCACGACACCAGUGGACAGCGCACUGGGAAGCAGUCGACACACCCCAGUUGGUACUCCACACUCCAACUGCAGCAGCACUGUGCCUCCCAGUCCAGUGGAGUGCAGAAACCCGUUUGCAUUCACACCCAUCAACUCCAGCAUCACUGGUUUCCACGAUGGCAGCACCAUCUCCAGCAGCCCAGUCAAGCCCAUGCAGAGACCGAUGGCAACCCACCCAGAUAAGACCAGGCUGGAGUGGAUGAAUACCAGUUACAACAGCAGCAGCGGGAGCUUAAACAAGGCCAACAGUGGAAUGGGAAUCCUCCCCGGCUAUCAAAGCCUGAUAGGUGACCAUUUCCAAAAACCUCACGCUUUCGCCGUCCCUCACGCACGGCACCACGACAGCCAUUUUGGGCGCUUGACUCCCAUCUCGCCCGUGCAGCAGCAGGUAACUAACAUGGCCAAGCAGGAAGGCUUUGCUGUGCCGGCCCCUCUGGAUAACAAAGCCACCAACACACCUGCUACAACCUUUCGAUGUCGCAGUGUAAGUCCCGCUGUGCAUCAGAGGAACUUGAGUGGAAACACAGGAAACCUUCCCCAUAUCCCUUGUUCAGUAGCAUCUCCCUUUAACUCUCCUGUGACGCCAGAGAUGUUACACAUCUUUGCAAACAGCCAGACAAAUCUUGGGGUGAGCAGCAUGGCGCAGAGGAGCCAUUCUGUGCCACUCAACGUCAUGAUGCAAACUGAGGUCCGGCCCACACCGGGCCAACACUGCCACAGCAAAAACAUCACCAAUGUCCUUCUGAGCAAGCUGGAUGGGGACCAUGAUGACACUGUUCGGGGGCUGGGCAUCAAUAACUUCCCCCCCAGCUACACUGCACGCAUGAACCUCACGCAGAUCCUCGAGUCCGACGCCAACCUCUCCUGCAGUGACCACCACCUCAGCCCGAUGACCUCCGACUCCACCAGCAGAUGCAAUUUGCAGAGGCCAAAUUACCUCAUCGAGAAUGCUAUCAAUGAACAAAUGAUUCUCUCGGCAGUUAACAGCCGAGUACAAUCAGCUUCUAGAGAGCAGCAGCGACAACAGGCCCAGUCUAUGUUGUUAACGCUGAGCUCACAGCAGCAUCAAGAAGAACUACAGCAGCAGUUGGAUUUCAGCAGCACUGUGAAAGACCUCCUGGCAGACAACAGCGUUACUGCUGGCAGUCAGCUCAUGGACCAGGUGUCAGGGCUAGCUACAGGCACGGCAGAUUUCCCUUGUGAAAUCAGAAUGACAUCGGAUCUCUCCAGUAGCAUCAAUGACUUUAACGCAUUGGACACAGACCUUCUGUUUGACCCCAACCAGCAGCAAGGGCAAUAUCAACAUGCUACUGCAGAGGAGGAGUUGGUGAAUGAUGUGCUGUUUCAGCAAAUUACCAGCGAUACGGCCCAUUCAAGUGGACUUGACUGGCUCGAAAGCAAAGAUCAUCCAACUGUUGGGUUGAUGGGUUGAGAAUAGAGCUUUUUUUUUUAGUCAUGUUGAACAUGUUAACCUGUGGUUUUUGUUAGUUUAUUUAUUUUCAGGUAUUUACACUUUAUAAUGCAACACUGGACACAUUGACGUUUGUCCAGUUUAAGUGCCAGGCUGAACUGCAAUUAUGCUGCAGCACUCUGAUUAAAAUGCUGGUCAUUUCCCUUUAAUCAGAGCACAUCGCCUCACGUUGUUUGAUGAAGAGCAUUUACAACAAGUAAACAAAAAGUUACUGAACAAAAAAACAACCUUUUACUGAAAAGUCAGUGAAGAAAUCAUAACAGCCGUGGAUUUCUUAGUGUAACGAAUUGUAUAAAUGAAUGAAAAAAUGAUUUUUAUUAAUAAGCCUUUUACAAAACUACUUCUUAAUAUCAUUGUGUCUAACUCUUUUAACUGAAGCAUUAUCUAACUAAAGCAUAAUGACAAAAAUGACUGCUGAACUAAUAAUAGUAAUAAUAGUGAUAUUUGCAACAUUUGUGUGCGAUGCAUAUUCACUGAAGAAAACUGCAAGUAUCGCAAAUUAUCUUUGCAGGAGCUUUAGGUGUCAGUCUAGUUUAUGUGCAUUUUCUUUCCCUGAAAAAAAUAUUAACAAGACAUGUUUGAAAGUGUACACUCAGUUUAUAGAAAUGUAAUUCAGUGACAGGAACAUAGAGCCAAAUUCAACAAUAGAAAUACAUUUAAUUUAUUCUUAUGAUCUGCUGGAGUUGGCAUGGAGCAUAUAGUAGGAUGCGGAAUCAUUUAAAAUAUAAAAUAGAUCAUCUGAUUAUAUAAAAAUGAAGACUGAGGGAUCAGUUUGAUGGAAUACAUGAAGAGUAAUACUUUAAGCGUACCAGAACCAUAAACGAAAGUGAUCAAUGUCUAAACUGUCAGUUCAUCUGGUCCACAUUUUCAAGCUUUGAGAUGUCGUUCAUUUAUAUAUUCCUGACAGUCAUCCCAGACUUUGUGCCUCUCCAAUGGAUUUAAAGAGUCAAGCCAGUCAACCUCUCAUGUCUUAAUCAUCACCACAAUCAAACGUCUGCUCAAUAUAGAGCUCAGACAACUUGAAGAUGAUGAUCUCAUAGUAGAAUUAGGCCUCUUUUGCACUUUGUCUUGUUUUUCAAGCCACAUUUUUGCAAAAAGUAUGAAAAAAGAUAAAUUGUCUUGUAUAAUCUAAACUAUAAAGUUGCAGAAACCCUAAUGAAGCUAUUUUAUUUACAUGGAAAAAACAUUUCUUUGUUAAUUGUUAAAUCCAUAUAUAUAUUAAUAAAACCAGCAGUGUAAGAUGAGGGCUCUACUCUUAACCACUUGUAGAUUAAAAAUGGAAAUAAUUUAUUAAAGAAACCAUUGAUAAUAAUUAAACUAAACCCCAUGAAUGUGGGGUUUCUGCACUUUUAGAGUAUGACUCUCGUAUAAAGAGUUACGAGACAUAAUAAUAAUAGCCAUUUUUCCUUUGCACUCAGAAAAUGCAUUAUUGUACUGUGUGCAAAUAACUUCCUUGAUUCAGAGGUGAAGUUUUUCAUCUGAUAAAAAAAUUGACAAAAUAGAUGAAAUUGAGCAUAAAUUUACUCCUUAUCUCUAAAGAACUUGAACAAUGUUGUUUCCUAAUGUAGCACUCAUCAUACUGCACUGACAAUCUGUAGUACUUGUGUUUCUUUACAUAAAUGCACUGAGUUCAAUUUGAAUGAUGGAGGAACAUGUUUGACUGCAUGGCCUGAGGAUUUCAAAUCAUGAAAUCACUGAUCAUAUAUGAAAGUCUUGUUUUGCACUGAUGAAGAGCUGUGUGUAAAGAAGUCAUGCCACCACAGAUGAGAUGAGGCUCACAGGUGCUACCUGAAGGUUUUGGUUUUCAAGCCUUAUGUCCAUACCAAAGACUAACUGUUAAAUAUAACAUGCAAUAACAUGCUCUGAGAUAUCUGUGACAUACUGAGUUAUGUUUGGUAACAUUGGUGACAGUUGCAGCACUGGAAAAACAUUUCUUGAUAUAAUCAGUUCAUCAGGACAAUGUUAAUGUUUUGUUUACUAUUGUUGAUGCUUUUGUUAAACCAACAGGUAAAUAAUGUUUUUAUGGAGGCAAAAAAGACACUGUAAUUGAUCCUGUUUCUCUGUGUUAGCACUAGAGAGUGUGUUUUUAUUUUUGGUCAGUCUCACUGUCGUUCAGGGUGUUUGUGUUUUUAAUAUUUAUUCAGAGUGUGUUGUUUGUACAGAAGAUGCAACCUUGCAAACCAUGUAAUCUUGGGAAUUCACAAUAAUCUGAUUUGCACUGUCGAGAUGUUUUGUAGCAUACAUUUUAAGUGUCAUAGCAAAUAACCACAUAUCAUAUAAAGUGCUUUUUUUCAACAGAUGAUUUGUCCAAUGUGGUGAAUAAUAAGAAAAUGGAACAAAACUCUCAAAAUUCAAAACCUUUCAGAACUGAAUUUUGGCAGAAAAUUGUCCCAGAAAAUAUUUGCUCACGUUUUUAAAAUGUGUAAAUCAGACAAUCCAUAACUAUAAGGUGUAAUAUUAAUGUCAUGCUAUAAUGCAAACGCAGAACAUUGAAUCUCUUUCAGUGUGUUGACAAAUAUUGUGCGUUGUUUUAUACAUUUUUAGAAAACGUUUAAUUUCUGUAAAAGCAGAUUAUAAUAUAUAAUCUCAUUUUGAGUAUGAUUUAACAUUGAUCAAUUUAGACAAACGUUUCUUAUUCAUGUUUUAUUUUCCCUUUACCGUGUCUGUAAAAACAAACAAAGCAUUUAUUUGGUUAACUCUGGUUUGUGUUUGAAGAAGAUUUUACCCUUCCUCUUGCUGAAUGUGGUUCAGAGCUGUAGAACUGCCCUCUACUGGUUGUGUUGCUGUGGUCAGUGUAUCGGGGAUUUUUUUAAUAAGGGGAAGUGCUUGUUGAUACUGCUUUAUAAAGAGUUUUUCAAACAAUAAACAUUUUAAGUACA